AUGUCCGACUGCGUCGCCAUCGCCCCAGAGCUGGCCUUCAGGCAGCAGAUUGCGGAGACGCUCCAGCACGCGUCCCGUUCCAUGGCUACUGCUGAGCAGGUCGCUGCCCGCGAGCUUCUCAACACCUUUGACGUUCAGCUCAAGGACGACAACGAGGCUACCCGCCAGGACAUCGUGCGCAAGGUUACCGACGCAUAUGUCGCCACCAACGGCGCGCUCGAGGCCGCCAAGGAGGGCGAGGUCGAGUCGUCGCACCUCUUGUUGCAACACAUUCUGUCGACCAACUUUGACGUGAAGGGUGAGGAGUACGCGUCGCUCGUCAAGAGCGUGCUGGAGGCCGUUCGUGUUGGCGGUGAGGCCGCUGCCGUCGCUGGCAGGACAGCGAAGCUCGAGGCUGCUUCGCGUGUCCUCAACAACACCUACAACUACAUUGCCCCCGAGUCGCCCCUCCGUCUCGCUGCCCUCCUCGCCCUCGUCCAGGUUCUCGGUGCUUCGGACGACCUCUCCACCCUCCCCCUCCCCUCCGCCACCGUGAGCGCUGCCCUUGCCCAGUGGUCGGUUUCCGACGCCGACAAGGUCUCGUUCCUUACCACCGCUGCUGCCGUUUACGAGAGCGCCGGUGACCUCGCCACCGCUCUUUCGCUCACCCUCCUUUCCCUUGAGCGCUCGCUCGUCGCCGCCACCGCCGAGCACGCUCUUGCCCUCGCUCUCGCCCAGCCCAACCGUUUCGAGCUCGACGACCUUCUCAAGGUCCAGGGUGCUCGCGAUGCCCUCACCGGCAAGGCUACCGAGCUCGUUGCGCUGUUUGUUGAGGAUGACGAGCUUGAGGCGGUUGCCAAGGCUACCGCAUGGGCUGCCGCCAACGCCGCCUACGUCUCGGGUCUCGGUGUUACCGGCCUCGACGUUGACGCCGUCCUCCGCAAGGUCCGCCUUGUUGCCCUUACCACCCUCGCUGCCCGCUCUGCCACCAAGCAGAUCUCGUACGCCGACAUUGCCAAGGCUCUUGCCGUUGACGAGGUCGACGUUGAGGCUUGGGUUAUUGACGCCAUCCACGCCAAGCUCCUCCAGGCCCGCCUUUCGCAGCCCCUCUCGACUGUUCGCAUCAUCUCGGUCUCGUCGCACGGCACCCGCCGCUUUGGCCCCGAGGAGUGGCAGCUCCUUGAGCGUCGCCUGACCGAGUGGAAGUCUGCUGUCACCGAUGCCCGCCAGGUCGUCGACGACGCCGAGAGCCUUGCUGCGCAGGGUCCUAUUACCCACCAGCGCCGGCAGCCGCAGCAGCGCCGCCAGGAGCAGGAGCAGGAGGUUGCCGCUUAG